AUGCCGAAAUUCCUGCGCGGACUGACGGAACAAAAGCUUCUUCUCCUUGGUGCUGCAGAGUCAGGCAAGUCAACAAUCAUCAAGCAGAUGAAGGUUCUGUAUAUGCAAGGAUACACACCGGAGGAAUUGAGUCGGUACAGAACGACGAUCUACAAAAAUGUCCUGGAAUGCGCCGAUGCGCUAUUUACGGCAAUGAAUGAGCUGGGAAUCCAUCCGCAUAGUGAAGAGGCCCGAUCGUACCGUUUACCAAUGUCGGAGACGGGCCUGCUGCCGGAUCAAACUCUCAGGCACGAUGCCUGUGCACUGAUAUCCGCCCUGUGGCAUGACCCCGCUAUUCCUCUACUUAUGGAGCAACGAACGAAGUUUUAUUUGAUGGAUUCAGCACCUUAUUUUCUCGAUAACAUAGAACGAAUAGCCGCACAAGAUUAUCAACCCACGGAGGCGGAUGUACUGUGUGCGCGCACGAAGACCACGGGGAUAUACGAAACCCGUGUCUCCAUCGGUUAUACCAACCUCCAUGUAUUCGAUGUUGGAGGCGUGCGAAGCGAACGCAAAAAGUGGGUCCAUUGUUUCGAGAACGUCGCAGCUAUAGCCUUCUGUGUUGGGCUGAGCGAGUACGAUCAGGUUCUGCUGGAGGACCCUAGCCAGAAUCGCAUGGAAGAAAGCCUACUGUUGUUCGACUCAGUCGUGAAUUCGCGAUGGUUUCUGAAAACGAGCAUGAUCCUUUUCUUGAACAAGGUCGACCUCUUCAAAGAAAAGCUAUCGCAAUCGCCGCUUGAGAAAACCUUCCCGGACUACAAGGGCGGCGCCGACAUCAACAAGGCGGCAAAGUUUAUAUUGUGGAAAUUCAAUCAGGUCAAUCGCGCCAACCUAAACCUCUACCCGCAUCUGAUCCAGGCGACGGAUACUAGUAAUAUCAAAAUUGUGCUCAAGUCGGUCGAGGAGACGAUUUCGCGGACAAUCUUGAAAGAUAGCGGGUUGAUAUAA